CACUCCUGCACGACCCGUUACUUCGAGCAGGUUCCACACAACUUGAAGCUCGCCAGUCUAGACUCUCGAGUUGUCAUCAUGAUACAUGGCAUGGCAUUAACAUGAAAGAUGCAUUGCAAGAAACGGUCCGACGUCAAGGUAAGGUGAGUGAGAGGUACAAAGGUACAUGUGUACCUGGGUACCUGUGUAACUGGGCAGGAGCCGCGCCCACGCCCCUCCGCCAAACGGAACGGAGCCACGACCCCUGCCACUGCCCAAAGUUGAUGGAAUCCAGGGCAGCUCAUCCCGUCCCACCCAAGGCCAAACCCACACGCCACCCACUCUUAUAACCCGCCCUGAUAUGCCCUUCCGCUCACUGCCCUGAUCCUAUGCCGCCCAUCACCUCUUAGUUCACACAAGGAUACCAAGCUUUUCCCUAAAAGUACCUACCACCCACCACCAGUCUCGGUUGCGGGCGUUCCUCAGUCGCGAUAACACUCGCAGAGAUGGAGCCUGGCCCAACCGAUGCUGACCACGAUCCUGGCCCUGUUCCUGGGCCUCGCAGUGGGCAUGGGAAUGACGUCGACCUCGAGCUCGAGCAGCUGGAGCCACAAGACCUAUCGUCUGGAACGCAGUCGCCCGAGCCAGAGACGGCCAUCAAGAGCGAUGACGAGCAACAACAACAACAACAACAGACAGCGCCGACGCAUUCGGGGCUGGCCUACCAACAGAGGAAGGAGAAGGGACGGGUCAGGUUCAACAGCAAGGCUGGAAUGACAUCGGCGGCAUCGGGAUCUGGAGACAGGCGGCCCUCUGAGGGCGCCACUCGGCCGCGGCCCUCCCUCGUGCGGAACCCCAACUCAUCCAACUCGAUCGUCUCAUCCGAGCCCGACCCAGACAUCUCCGAUCCGAAGAAACACAAGUCCGCCAGGGAGGCCCAGGAGAGGGCCAAGGCCAUCGCCGAGGAUGCCCAAAGGAACCCCCUCAGCCACCACGACGAAGAUGACGACCGCUUGUUCAACUGGGUACGAGGCAGUCCACCACCUAGCACGGUGUGGUCCGACGACCUGGAAGACGACAACAGGAAUGACCUCCUUCCCCUGACGACAUUGGACAGUAACCAGCGCGCGGGCGGGCCAUCCGGCGCCAGUCCUGAAGAGCCAACCACCCAGGAGCAGAUUGAACGGCGCAACUUGGAGGCACAGGAACUUCUCAUGGCACACGGCUUUGGUGCCCAGGCUCAUGAUCUACAGCAAGCAACCUCACCCCAGACAGACGGCGUGGCAUCCCCAGGGCAGAGUGGCAAGGCUCCCCGUGGUGGUGUUUUCUACCAGAUCCUACAGGCAUACCGCAACCCGGACCUCACCUUCCACCAGAUGCCGAGCAUGGAGUCAGGCCUGACUGCCUACGACUCCCCAGCCGGCCCCCAGAUCAACGUCCGGACGCCCAGCUCAUCUGGAAGGCAGACGCCCAGGAGGAAGUGGCACGAGAAGCCCGAUAACCGCUCGGUCGAGACGCUCGCCACGCUGAUCGGCGCGUCGACCAAGCUGGCCAACCCGAACGGCAAGGAGAAGACGGGGGCCGAGGGCCCGCCGCCCACGAGCGACGGGAAACCCAAGAGACCGGCCCACCGACGCAAGACCAGUGGCUCGCGGAUCCUGUCCAUGAUCGGGGCCAGGGGGGCUGAAGACGAAGCGCGGAUCACCAUCCACGUCGCCGACAUCCUGCAGAGGCAGAAGUAUCUGAUCAAGAUGUGCCGCGCCCUGAUGCUGUUUGGCGCGCCCACGCACAGGCUGGAGGAGUACCUGUCGAUGGCUGCCAACGUGCUCGAGAUCACGUGCCAGUUCCUGUACAUACCCGGGUGCAUGAUCAUCUCGUUUGACGACGUGCUCACCCACACGGCCGAGGUCAAGAUCGUCCGCACGCAGCAGGGCGUCAACCUGGGCAAGCUCAAGGACAUCCACGACAUCUACAAGGAGGUGCUGCACGACUGCAUCGGGCUCGACGACGCGGUGGCGCACCUGGACGAGAUCAUCUCGGCCAAGGACCGGUUCCCGCUGUGGGUGGUGAUCCUGACGUACGGGUUCGCCAGCGCGGUGGUGGCGUGCUUCUUCAGCGCGCGGCUGAUCGACCUGCCGCCCAUCUUCGUGAUGGGCACGGCGCUGGGGUUCAUGCAGCUGUACCUGGCGCCCAUGUCGCGGACGUACAGCAACGUGUUCGAGAUCGUGGCGGCGGUGCUGCUCUCGUUCAUAGCGCGGGGGCUGGGCAGCAUCCAGGGCGGGGGGCUGUUCUGCUUCUCGGCGCUGGCGCAGAGCUCGAUCGCGCUGAUCCUGCCCGGGUGGCUGGUGCUGUGCUCUGCGCUGGAGCUGCAGUCCAAGUCGAUGGUGGCCGGGUCGGUGCGCAUGGUGUACGCCGUCAUCUACUCGCUCUUCCUGGGGUACGGCAUCACGGUGGGCACGGCGCUGUACGGGGCGGUGGACCCCAACGCGGCGAGCGAGGCGACGUGCCGCGACCCCUUGCCGUCGCACUGGAACUUCCUCUUCAUACCGCUGUACGCCUUCUUCAGCACCGUCAUGGUCCAGGCCAAGUGGAAGCAGAUGCCCGCCAUGAUCUUCAUCGCCACGGCCGGGUACGCGGUCAACUACUGGAGCAGCCAGAAGUUCAGCGCCAGCGCGCCCAUCGCGUACACGUUUGGCGCUUUUACCAUCGGCGUGCUGGCGAACCUGUACAGCCGACUGCGGCACGGCGUCGCGGCCGCCGCGCUGCUGCCGGCCGUGUACUGCCAGGUGCCCGGGUCGCUGGCGUCGUCGGGGGCCGUGACGAGCGCGAUCUGUAUCUCCAAGUCGCUUGCUAAUGAGGUCGGGUCUGAGGUCUGCGACGCGAGUAAUAACCUUGUUUUCAGCGUUGCGGCGAGCAUGAUUCAGAUAGCGAUUGGCAUCACUGUUGGUUUGUUUCUCAGCGCGCUUAUCAUAUACCCCCUGGGUAAGCGGCGGAGCGGGUUGUGGACGUUAUAAAAGCAAAAGGGUCACAGGACGGGUUGGGUCUCAGACGGUGGAUUCUGAUCAGAUCAUUGAGAUUUCUGAUGGAUUGGGUCCGGGACGAUGGGUCCUGAUCGUUGAGGAUUUUUGUUUUUGUUUUGGUUGCGAUUGAUUGAUUGAUUGCAUUAGAUGUGGAGUUUUGGGGCCGGAGGCAGGCCAUCAUAUGGGAGCGAUGCUUUACACUUUUCUUUUGUUGUUGUUUGCUGAUGGAUGGCUAUAGCACUUCUGAUGAAUGCCAUUUUUGGUCCUGGCUGGGGCUUACUUGUGUUUUGCCAGCAUGCUCGAUGUUGAUUUGCAUUGUUUUGUGACUGCGCUUGGGUUAGUUGUGUGGGAUGUGUUGUGUUGUCAUUUGUUU